GGGAAGAAAAAAUCCCUAGAAUAAUUUGACAGAAGACAGUUGUGUAACGAAAAAGUCAUUAACCCCAAGAAUGCCCCGUUUAAUUUAAGUUUAAUUAGGUGAAACGAACGUUUAGCUCAAACAACUGCCAAAAUGGGCGUGGCACCUGCUGUUCUACGAUCAUUAUCAGUCUUAGUCAUUUAAAUUGUUUCAUUCGCGCAAAAAUGGCUCGGCCUCCGCCUCAAGAGACCAAUUUUGAUCUAGAACAGCAAGAUGCCCUGAUUCGGUCCCGCCUAAGUCUCAACACCAUCGUCACAAAUCCUGACAAAGGAUUCUGUGAUUCAUGCUUGACUCGUAUCCCGUACGCUACACUCAUUGCAACGAUACAAUGUGCCUUAGGGGUUGUUAUUUUCUGCGGUACCAUGUACCGAGGGGCGACCCUUGCCGUUCUAAUGUUCAGCGAUGUUUUCAAGAUGCAAUUAUUCUGGGUCGAUGCUGUUAAAAUGACAUUUGUGAUAAUAGGGGCGUGUAUGGGGGCCCUGGGGUUAAUGAUCCUUACGGUGGGGUGUCUCGCGACGGGGGCCACCCGACAUAAGGUUUACCGGGCUUGGCGGUCACGAGUAGGUGGCAGAGUCAGCUGUGCGAUUUUUAUGGCGAUCACGUACAUCUUACAAUUGUUGUGGAUUGUCAUUUUUUGCUUUCUGGUGAUUGCAACGUUUCUAUUUACGAUUUUUUGGAAAAUGUGCACAAAUGAACGAGUCGCGACGUUCCAGGAUUGCAUCGAUUUUACUCAAUUUUAUUUCAUGUUUCCACAAGGGACGAAGCAAGAACACAUGAAAGUGUGUGGCGAACACAAUGUGAAAGUGUUUUGCAAGGAUUAUACGGAAAAAAUCGAAAUCAUGGUUAUUCUAGCAACGGUUGCGUCAGUUUUAGUAAUAUUGAGUUUGGUGCAUUAUUUGAUGUGUCUGGCGGCAAAUUACGCCCACAUUCGGGACCAUGAAAAGUUCCAGGAAUUACAAGACUUGCAGAUGUUGAGCGACAACGAUGUUCUAGCUGGGAAAGAUAGGUUCUAGGAUACGGCCCAGGAAAUACAUCUGCCGGAGAUAAGAUGGGGGAAUAUGUUGAGUGAGGGUUUGUAAAAAGGGUGUAUUUCCUGGGUACUGUCAGUAUUUACGUACUAUAAAGACCGUCCAAGGUUCAUUUAGGUUAAGGCAUUCCAUGGUAGCAUAUCAAAUGUGUAUUAAAGGCUGAUUUGUGGCCUUCUCGAGCAAACAAAACGGUGUAUUUUGAUAAGAAAUCUUCCAAUCAUUGUAAAUAGGGUAAGAUUCUGAGUUAGUUAUAAUUUUGUAUUGUAUUUUUAUGUUAUUUAAUGUCGUAGUUUUUUCUAAGGCGCACUGAAUAAAGCAGUAUAAAAAAUUA